UCGUCAAUAGAUAUUUGGCUUCCGAUCUCCAGGGUCUUAUAACAAAGAGGAUUCACGAAUCAAAAUCUGUCGUUGGCUGUUUGCCACACGUUCCCAAGUGUUGUUCCUUUUACAUUAUUUUCUUUCCUGUUGUAUCCUUUCUCGCAAAAGCGAUACCCCUUUAAUCUUGAUUUAAUUACAUUCGCAAACACUCUUGUUGGACGUGCAAUUGAAUACAAUGUCAUCCUCUGUUCACUUCAAGUUCAAAUCUCAAAAAGAACCCUCAAGGGUGACUUUUGAUGGCACCGGUAUCUCUGUCUUUGAAUUGAAACGCGAAAUUAUCAAUCAGAGUAGGCUGGGUGACGGAACUGAUUUCGAGCUGUCCAUCUACAAUGAAGACACUGGAGAAGAGUACGAUGACGAUACCACAAUCAUACCUCGUUCGACAUCUGUUAUAGCUCGGAGGCUACCUGCAUCGCGACCUGGCAAAGGCGGCGCUACUCGUUACGUAUCUGGAAAAAUGCCUAUAAAUGCGCGCAACGCUCCUCGUAAUGACCAGGUUUCGUCGAGCCGAACAGUGUCCAACUCUACCAAUACAGUUAGCAACGGUGUCCUAGAACUUAACAAUGCUCAGACCGAAGAGGAGAAGAUAAAUGCGCUUUUCAACUUGCAGGCCAAUCAAUGGAAAGAACAACAGCAAGAGAUGGCUAAUGCUACACCUGUUCCGUUUGGUCGCGGGAGAGGAAAGCCAACAAAUGUCCCCGACCACCCUCCGCCUCCCGGAUAUCUUUGCUAUCGUUGCCGUGAAAAAGGUCAUUGGAUCCAAGCAUGCCCAACCAACAAUGAUCCCAAGUUCGAUGGCAAGUACCGAGUGAAACGUUCAACUGGUAUACCUCGUUCUCUGCAAACCAAAGUUGAAAAGCCAGAAUCGCUCACGAUAGAUGGCACCAAUGAAGAUUUGAAAAACACAGGCGUCAUGGUUAAUGCUGAUGGUGAUUUUGUCAUUGCUAAACCAGACAAGGCGGCUUGGGAAUUAUACCAGGAAAAAGCUAAGGCUUCGGCCGCCGCCGCCGCCGAAGCGGCAGCUGCAGAAUAUAGCAAGGAGUUGCAAGCACGCGGGCUAGAGUGCCCAAUUGACAAACGGAUGUUUUUAGAACCCACAAAAACGCCGUGCUGCCAAAGAACUUACUGCAAUGACUGUAUUACAAAUGCAUUGAUUGAGAGUGAUUUCGUCUGCCCUGGAUGUGGUACAGAAGGUGUCUUACUGGAUAAUCUGUCUGCAGACGAUGACGCUGUCAUGAAGAUCAAGGCUUACGAGGCUGAGAAGGUGGAUUCGAAAAAAGAGAAAGAGAAACAAUCGGCAGCUCAAGAGAAUCAAUCUAACAACAAACCAUAUACUUUUACCGACGAUUCAAAAGUGGAGUUGUCGUCACCGGCCUCAACCGGGGAAGGAUUGUCUAAUCAUUCCAGGAAAAGGCCUGCGGAGGAUGGAUCUCUUGGCGAAGCUACCGAGGAGGCAACUUCAGAUUCCACACAGAAGAAGCAGAAAGUCGAAGAUAAUCCUAAGUCUACCGAGACUUCGUCUUCACAAGUCAAUGAGCCUUCUACUGGAUUUCAGUCUCUCCCUUUCGGCCAGCAAAUGCCUUUUGGUGGAUUCAAUUUCAUGCAGGCCCAGGGCAUUCCUUCAAUGACUUUCCCUGAUGCUGGAUUCGCUGGAGAAGGGACGGGAUUCAUGAACUCGGCUGCCUUAGCUUCGUCCAAUGCUUUCACUAACAAUAUUAACCAAGCUUGGAAUCCUAUGGGCGGUAUGAAUUUCAAUCCGCUGCCAAAUGGUUUAUAUGGUGACGGGACGAACGGUGCAGUCAAUUCUGGGUACGGAGCUACGAAUAUGUUCAAUGGGAUGGGUGACUCUCCAGUGAAUAUGUUUCCCAUAUCUCAUAUGGCCGGAAAUAUGCAACAGAGCUUAGGUUUUCCACAGGGACCAAAUUUGGGCCAUUUCUCAAACCAACAGCGGACUACAUUUAGCACUCCGUAUGCCCGCGAAGAAGAUACGGCGUACUUCCGCCAGCCUGUUAAUCCACAGCGACAUCAAGCAAGAUAUAGGAGGAUACGUCCGAGCGACUAUCGAGAGCUUUAAACGCUCUACGGUGAUCCGCACUCUGUUUCAUGUCUUUUACUUUGGGUCCAUGUCAGCUUGGGAGCUACGGGACACCUUUUAUUGUGCAUAAGAGUUACUCUUCGCUUUUCACAUGGUGUAUCUUUCUUUCUUGUAUAUACUACACAUGUGAUGUAUACACUUACCAUAGGCUUUGCCUAGGUCAUGUAUUACUUGAAAUAGGGUGGAUUGGAGUAGCGUCUUGUCAAGGUCGUACUGGUUGGGAGGUCACUCUAGAUUGAUUCUAGACUUGAUAUGUAACGCUGAAAUACUUUCUUCCUCAGUAGUCAUUAGCACGUGACCAAACGGACAAUCAAGUCAGAUGACUGACC